AUGCAGAUAAGCGAUGGCCCCAGUUACUCCCCUGUCUUUGUGGCCCCGUCCAACGGUAUCCACCGGUCGGCAGGAUUCGUCCCCGGCAGGGUCGUACCCGUCCGCUCCCCACCUCCGACCAAGGCCCCACCCCAUCCCUCCCUGAAGCCCAUUGGCACGCCUCCUGAGCGCCGGGCGACCUUUAGCCUAUCAGAGGAAGGCCAGCGCCUAGAGCGUGCUCAGAGUCUGAGGAAGAAUACCUUAAUCUGCUUCGGUGUCUCCCUGGGGGCCUUCUUCCUCUCGCUCAUCCUCAUCCUCAGCCUCACCAGUGGAGACGUGUUGGACGGUGAGUGUGUGUUUGUCUGUGAGUAUGAGAGUGUCAUGAGCUGUUAAUACUGACCUGGCUAAGGUACUUAGGCCCAUUGCUCCACAGGAAUCAUAGACUGAACUAUAGUCAAUGACCUAUCAUACCCUGUUUUGCUCUAUCUAUGUGCUAUGUCAGUGAUGUUGUCUUUGAUUGGUCCUGUCUGUGUGUACAGAGAACUGUCCAGACCACAGCUCCUCCCUGAGCAGCUGGAACCCAGGUCACAACCCAGAGAAGGCCAUGGUCGUUCGGAGGGGAGAUCUGUUUCGAUUGGACUCUUCUGCCACCUUAUACUCCCUAACCAUCCAAUCAGGAGGUAGGUUAGGUCCUCUCUCUGGUCUGAUUGCUGUUUCCGGCUAGGUCAGAAGUACAAUGCAUUCGGAAAGUAUUCAGACCCCUUCACUUUUUCCACAUUUUGUUACGUUACAGCUUUAUUCUAAAAUGGAUUCAGUAGUUUUUUUCCCCUCAUCAAUCUACACACAAUACCCCAUAAUGACAAAGCAAAAACUGGUUUGUAGAAUUUUUUGCAAAUUUAUAACAAAUAAAACACUGAAAUAUCACAUUUACAUAAGUAUUCAGACCCUUUAAUCAGUACUUUGUUGAAUCACCUUUAGCAGCGAUUACAGCCUUGAGUCUUCUUGGUUAGGAUGCUACAAGCUUGACACACCUGUAUUUGGGGAGUUUCUCCCAUUCUUCUUUGCAGAUCCUCUCAAGCUCUGUCAGGUUGGAUGGGGAGUGUCGCUGCACAGCUAUUUUCAAGUCUCUCCAGAGAUGUUCGAUCGGGUUCUGGCUGGGCCACUCAAGGACAUUCAGAGACUUGUCCCGAAGCCACUCCUGCUUUGUCUUGGCUGUGUGCUUAGGGUCGUUGUCCUGUUGGAAGGUGAACCUUCGCCCCAGUCUGAGGUCCUGAGCGCUCUGGAGCAGGUUUUCAUCAAGGAUCUCUCUGUACUUUGCUCCAUUCAUCUUUUCCUCGAUCCUGACUAGUCUCCCAGUCCCUGCCGCUGAAAAACACAUCCCCACAGGAUGAUGCUGCCACCACCAUGCUUCACUGUAGGGAUGGUGCCAGGUUUCCUCCAGACGUGACACUUGGCAUUCAGGCCAAAGAGUUCAAUCUUGGUUUCAUCAGACCAGAGAAUGUUGUUUCUCAUGGUAUGAGAGUCCUUUAAGUGCCUCUUGGCAAACUCGAAGUGGGCUGUCAUGUGCCUUUUAUUGAGGAGUGGCUUCCGUCUGGCCACUCUACCAUAAAGGCCUCUUUGGUGGAGUGCUGCAGAGAUGGUUGUCCUUCUGGAAGUUUCUCCCAUCUCCACAGAGGAACUCUGGAGCUCUGUCAGUGUGACCAUCGGAUUCUUGGUCACCUCCCUGACCAAGGCCCUUCUCCCCAGAUUUCUCAGUUUGGCCGGGCGGCCAGCUCUAGGAAGAGUCUUGGUGGUUCCAAACUUCUUCCAUUUAAGAAUGAUGGAGGCCACUGUGUUCUUGGGGACCUUCAAUGCUGCAGAAAUGUUUUGGUGCCCUUCCCCAGAGCUGAUCCUCGACACAAUCCUGUCUCGGAGCUCUAUGGACAAUUCCUUCAACCUCAUGGCAUAGGUUUUGCUCUGACAUGCACUGUCAACUGUGGGACCUUAUAUAGACAGGUGUGUGCCUUUCCAAAUCAUGUCCAAUCAAUUGAAUUUACCACAGGUGGACUACAAUCAAGUUGUAGAAACAUCUCAAGGAUGAUCAAUGGAAACAGGAUGCACCUGAGCUCAAUUUCGAGUCUCAUAGCAAAGGGUCUAAGUACUUAUGUAAAUAAGGUAUUUCUGUUUUUUGUUUUUAAUACAUUUGCAAAAAUGUGUCAACCUGUUUUCGCUUUGUCAUUAUGGGGUGUUGUGUGUAGAUUGACUAGGAAGAAAAAUAAUUUAAUCAAUUUUAGAAUAAGGCUGUAACGUAACAAAAUAGUCAGAGCAUGCAAUAUUUGGCACUGGGUUCCGAGAUGAAGUUGAGGAUAAUGUCUUUCUCAAUAAAGUAACAUUAAGAACAUAGGCUCUGCAGAACGGAUUGUUUUUAUGUUUUAUAAUUUAUAUUUGUCUCCACACAGGCCGAGUGGUCUUUGCAGACAAUACUGAGGGCUCCAAAAACAUCACUCUCAGGACGCGCCAUGUGCUGAUUGAAGAUGGGGGUUCGCUGCACAUCGGUGCCCCCAAAUGCCGCUACCGCUCCCAGGCCACAAUCGCCCUGCUGGGCCGUUCGGACGAGAAGUCUGUAGCUGAAGUACCGGAAUUGGGACGGAAGUUCAUCGGGGUGCGUGGAGGUGCAACCCUGGAGAUUCACGGGAUGGAGAGGCUGUCGUGGACCCUCCUGACCCGCAGCGUUCCCUCCUCUGGCCUAGCCACGGGGGGCUAUGCCUUCCAGCGCAACUUUAGCCGUGGCAUCAACCUGCGUGUGGUGGACCAGGACACGGCCAGUGUGCUGUUCAGCGAGCGCUACGACACGCACGAGUCACGCAACGACAGCCGCCGGCUCACGCAGCUGCUCCAGUCGCUGCCUGCGAGGCGCAUCGUCACGCUGGCCGUGGGAGACUCGGCUGUCAAGAGCCUGCUGGACGAGACCAAGAGAACCAUCCAGAGCCUGCUUGGUAGUACGUACGUCCAUGAUCUCAAAUAC